CCCCUCUUAACUCCCGCUCCCCAUGCACCACCGCACCCUAUCCCUAACCUCCCAAAAAUAAAAAAAAAAAAUAAAAAAAAGAAAAACCCUAACCUGGAAUUUUCAUUUUGCUAUUGAAAAAUUUCGAUCUUUUGGGGGUAAUGGCGGUGAAUGGGAGCGUUCCAAUAUCGGUUCCGGCGCUUUACGUCGGCGAUCUUCAUCCAGAUGUGACGGAUGGAACCCUCUUCGAGCAUUUUUCUUCAGUCGGCGGCGUUACCUCCGUUAGGAUUUGCAGGGAUUCCGUCACUGGAAGAUCUCUUGGUUACGGUUACAUCAAUUAUGCGAAUGCUCAAGAUGCCUGCGUUGCUCUUGAAAAGCUGAAUCAUAGUCUCUUGCUUGGGAAACCCAUAAGAAUAAUGUGGUCGCAUCGGGACCCAGAUGCAAGGAACAGUGGGAUUGGAAACCUUUUUGUGAAGAAUCUAAGCGACUCCAUCGAUAGCCUUAAGCUUCGCGAGAUCUUCUCGAAAUAUGGGACAAUCGCUUCCUGCAAGGUUGUAGUUCAAGAUGGAAAGAGCAAAGGGCAUGGAUUCAUACAGUAUGACUCUCAGGAAUCGGCGAAUUCUGCCAUUGAGAAGCUCAAUGGCGUCAAGAUUGGAGGCAAAGCAAUGUAUGUCGGUCACUUUAUAAAAAGGAGUGAGAGGGUAACACAGAUCCCGGAAGCUAAAUACACUAACCUCUACAUGAAGAACCUGGAUCAGGAUAUAACAGAAGACCUUAUUCAGCUCAAGUUCUCUGAGUUUGGUAAAAUUGUCAGUGUGAAAAUUGCAAAGGAUGCUGAUGGGAACUCAAAGGGGUUUGGGUUUGUCAAUUUUGAGAAUCCUGAUAGUGCCAAAAGGGCAACAGAGGCAAUGAAUGGUCUUCUACUUGGGUCCAAGGCGCUAUACGUGGCAAGGGCUCAGAAGAAAGCAGAGAGACAACAAAUUCUGCGGCGUCAAUACGAGGAGAAAAGGAAUGAGCAAAUUUUGAAAAAUAUGGCAUCAAAUGUUUAUGUUAAGAACAUUGAUGACGAGGUCGAUGAUGAUGUUCUGAGGGAUUAUUUCAGUCAGUGUGGCAAUAUAUCCUCUGCAAGAAUCAUGCGCGAUGAGAAAGGAAUAAGUAAAGGAUUUGGAUUUGUAUGCUUUAACACUCCAGACGAAGCUAACAGGGCCGUGCAAACUUUGCAUGGACAUAUGUUUCAUGGGAAGCCUUUAUAUGUUGCAAUUGCUCAGAGGAAAGAGGACAGGCAAGCUCAGUUGCAGAUACAAUAUGCUCAGCGGAUUACUCCUACCGGUCUUGUUCCUCAGAUACCCAGGCAGGGGCUUAUGUAUCAGCCCUACGGAUUGAGACCGGGGUGGAGGCCAAGUGGAUUCAUCCCACAAGCAAGGCCAGCAUUUCAACCAAUGCCACUUCCGAUGCUUCCUAGUGCCCCAAGGCAACAAAGGCAGAAUAGGGGAAGGAUGAAUGGCCAUAUGGUUCCUCAGCCAGCACAGUCUAUUCCCUUCAUGCCGCAUUUGCAACAGCCUAAUCAUUAUUUGAACACAUACAAAGAUUCUAACGGUCACCAGAGAUCUGGACAGAACAAGUAUGUUCCAAAUGGGCUCCAGACCAUUAAUAAUGGAUCAAUGCCAUCAAACUCUCAAGGUGGCACCGAGAUGCUCAGCAGCAUGCUGGCAGCUGCUGCUCCCCAACAGCAGAAGCAGAUGCUUGGCGAACGUCUCUUCCCCUUAGUGCAGAAUCUGAAGCCUGAUCUUGCUGCUAAAAUUACCGGAAUGCUAUUGGAGAUGGACAACUCUGAAUUGCUCUUGCUGUUGGAAUCACCCGAGUCAUUGGCUGCGAAGGUUGAUGAAGCCAUUCAUGUGCUUGAAAUCUCAAAAACCAAAGCAAGUGGCGGUGGUCAAGAGGCUCUCCAUCCCAACAAUUUCUUUUCAGCAGAGGUUGCUGUCAAUUGAAGUGCCAUCUUUUCUGAAAGUAAACAUUCUUUUAGUUCUGAGUAGUCUGCAUUAGGACAUGAAUUUUAGUCGUGAGAGUUUUCUAGCCUUCUCAUAUAUAGUAU